AUGGACUUCCACAUUCCUCUUACAUUUCCUUGGGAGUCCCACCUCUCUGGGGGUCCCAAGGAUGGAACGUUAAGGGCUGCCAGUGUCGUUCUUAGUGCAGCUGCUCUUAAUUCAAACAUCAGUGCCGGAUGGCAAAUCGCAGCUGAAAAAGAGCAUGAAGAUUCUCCAGGCAUGAUGAAAGUAGUUGAUAAUCAGCUCAGUGAUAUAUUAAGGAUCAACAACCCUUCCAAUUCAGGGAAACAGGGAGACUUUCCGUGGUUCCCCAAGACGGAUCUCAGGAUGAAUCAAUCUCAAUCGCUUACAACUCAGGCUGCAGAUUGGGCUGAGCGCAAAGAAUUCAUUGAAGGAAGGCUUAACGAGCUCCAGCUAUACUUGAUCGGUAUCGGAUGGAAGACUCAAUUACACUCUCCGAAAUACAAAGUCGAUUAUGCACCACGUUGGAUAUGCGAAUCUGAGAUCUCUCAUGUUGAACCACGCAGCUAUAUAGCACGACUGCAAGGACUAUCCUUCAAGUUCUGGCCUUCUAUGAAUAAGGACACUGAAACAUAUAUUUCCCCCUUUAACGUUUAUCGGAGUACUAGAAUGGAUCAUUCUAUCAAGAGGAACACUUUAAGGCCCAUUCCUAAUCCUUCACGACUGCCGGUGCCCUCAGCCAGUUCAUUGGAUAAAACGACCAAUCAGCCAGAUCCCGGAGGAUGGUAUCUCCUAAAACAAGAGACAAACCAAUGUAGUGUUUGA